UCAAACGGUUAGUCCCAUCCGAACAGCUGUAGAAACCACUCAAGAUCGAGCGAACGAGCGCGCGCGCGGGCUCCACCGUCCGGAUAUACCCGAAUCAAAGUUGGAUGAUUUGUCAUCACUAGUCAAUCGGUGCUCACCUGAAGAGGUUGUGUUGUUUGAGUGUUGUGGUUGUUACCUGUGCGUAGGAGGGUGGAAGUUCCCGCGGAGAAAAUAGCAACAACAAAAAAAGUUACGAAAAUGGUCACCAAACAUCAAGUGUGGGCAAAGGUCCAGAAGAUGUACCGGGGGUUCGUCAAGUUCAACGGCUACACGGUGGCGGUCAGCUGUAUCAACUACGCGAUCACCUGCGUGCUCAACUCGAAAGUCGACGGCGGCAUCGGUGCCAUUGUGCCAUUUCUCAAAUCGAUAAUGGACAACCAAAAGGAACCGGAAUCGCCCGUCCUAUACCUGGGACUAUUUGUGGCCAGCAUCAUGCUCUUCAUGGCAGUCUUCUGGCGCUGCAAAGCCCUCAUCAUCCCGUUCAUCGUGUCGUACACGCUGGUCGUCGAGAAGGAAACCGACGGCAAGUUCAAGUUCAAAGCGUACUGGCAGGCCCUGUUCACGAUCUACACCGCCGUGACGAUCCUGCUGCUGUUGCUGCAGGGGAUCUGCUCCUGCUGCGGCAGCGACGAACCCACCAAAGACGUCGUCGACUACGGCGGAUCGCACGCGAGUCUUCAGCAGCAAAAGUCGGUGCCUCCGCGCAGUCGCUGCCAGCGGAUCUUGGCGUUCUUCUGCUGCGGCACGUGCUGCUACCGGAAGCGCAAGCUGAACCGGCUGGACUCGCAGUCGCACUGUUCGUGCGAUACGCUGAACAUCCGGAUUGCCGGACCGAACGAUAAGCACUACCAUCGGGUGGUGUUUGUUUAGCUUUGAGCACUUGAGAACGUGGCUUAGUAGGAGACCAAAGAGAAACCCAGUGGCAGUGAUAUCGCGAACGAAAAAAGUAAAACCGAAUGAAUCUCACGAAAAGUGAAUCGAAAGCGAAAGUUAGUUGAAAUUUACCCCUCCGCCAUUAAAAAUAAGUAAGAUUUCAUCAUCGUGUACGUAUACUCAACUCAGGCUUAGGCUUAGGAUCGUUAGCAAUUUGAAGGUUAGGUGUUAGGGAUUGUUCUGGAGUGACUUCACCGAAACGGGCGCGCGCGUAAUUCGGGGUGUGGACGUAAAUGCGCGCCAUUUUUUCUUGUAUCAGGAUAAAGUGCGGCCGUGUGAAUGUGUAAACUUCAAGUGUGACAUUUGACAGUGAGUGUUGAAAUGUGUAUAUUUUUAAAAUUCCCCACCCGCACCGUGUUGAGGGAGUCACUCGGCAAUGAGUCAUCCAGGCCAGGUGAGCGACGGUGACGAUUUGGAAAACGUGAACAGCGUGAUUUGAUGGAUUUUUUCUUAAAUGAUUGGCUUGUAGCUGUCGAACGGAGGAAUCCAGGUGUGCAAGCACGCGAGAGUUUGAGCAAUGUGUCUGGAUUACGCAAUGCUACGGGAGCGCGAGGUGAAUUAUUAGACUCAUGUAGGGAUAAUUACGAUUGUUACACAGAGUAGGAGAAUGUUAUUUUUAAGGAAUCUAGUAGAACAAAUAUUUAGGAAGACUAUACAACAGAGAAGAUUAUUUAUGAACAGCAUUGACUAAAGAAAAUGUUGGAGGAAAUAUGCCUAUUUUUAAAACAUUUAUAUUUUAGCUUAUCAGAACUUUUUCUUCAAAUCAUAGCUUCUUAAUUUCAAAAUUUGUUUAAUUUAUUUAAAAAAAUCUGAAUAGUUAAAAAUUUAAAAGUGCUUCAAAUAGGGCGCUCAACAUUGUAGGUUGAGAAUGCGUGUAUUUCCUCUAGCAUUAAGGACUUUUGCUUAUUUGGCAAUUGCAUAGAUAAAGGAUUAUUUAGGAAACCAAGUGCUUAAGUAACCAUAUUAAAGAAAUGUAGAACCCAAGUUGAGUUUAUUUAAAACAACAA